AUGGGUGGCCAGCCAGAUGAGAUCAGGCUCAAGCCAACCAAGGACGGCUCUUUCGUUCGACCUGACAGCGCCUUUCGCAGUUUCGUAUCAAAAGACCCAGAUUCUCAGUUCCCCGCUGAGAAAGGCCGCUAUGUACUCUAUCUCAGCCCAGGAUGUCCAUGGUCUCAUCGCGUCAUGAUCGUGAGAAGUCUCAAGAAACUCGACGAUAUAAUCGACCUGUACAUCUGCUCACUCACUAUGGGCAAAGAUGGUUGGUUUUUCGAUGACAGCACAGAAGCAGCCAAGUAUGGUGUACUCCCCAAGGAUCCACUAUAUGGCCUCGACACGUUGAAGCAACUAUAUCUCAAGGCCAACCCAAAUUAUGAGGGCCGCUACACCGUGCCCGUCCUUUGGGAUAAGAAGACUCACACCAUGGUCAGCAACGAGUCCAGUGACAUCAUUCGGAUGCUCUACACGGAGUUCGACCACCUUCUUCCGGAGGAAGAGCGUGAAAGUCACAAACCCGGACGCGAACUCUACCCAGAGCACUUGAAAGAUAAUAUCGAUGAAAUCAACGAAUGGGUCUACGACACUGUCAACAAUGGCGUAUACAAGACAGGAUUUGCCACGUCUCAAGCUGCAUAUGAAGAAAAUGUCGUAAAGGUCUUCAAGUCACUCGAUCGACUCGAAAGAAUCCUCGACGACGGUCCCUUUCUUCUCGGUCAGCACAUUACAGAGGCUGAUAUCCGUCUCUUCCCAACCAUUCUUCGCUUUGACGUUGCGUACGUUCCUAUCUUCAUGUGCAAUCUUGGAACCAUCAGGGAUCACUAUCCGAACUUGCAUCUCUGGUUGAGGAGACUUUACUGGGACAAUAGCUUCAGAACUCAUGGCGCGUUUCGAAAGACAUCGGAGACUUGGAUUGAGAAGUACAAGACUGGUUAUGCAAAUGCUAGACGAAGGAUUCUUGGUAUCACCGGGCCGGAUAUUGUCCCCAAGGGUCCUCUGGUGUUGAUUCACGAGUUGGAAGAGGGAGAGAGACUUUAG